UGAUUUCACUCCAUGUGCCACUCUCACUCUUUCUUUCUUUCUUUCUUUCUUUCUUUCCUUCUUUCCUUCUUUCUUUAUUUCUCUAUAUUAAUUAAUUUCAUGCACACACACACUCACACACUCACAUUACACACACUACUCACUCUCAUCUCAUCAAUUAAUAAUUUUCUCAAAAACCCCUUAACUUGUCCAUAUUUUCUCACCAAUGGAACAUCCGGCCAAACAACAACAACAACAACAACAAGAACAAGGAAUUCAUGAUCAAGGUGGUGAAGGUGGUGGUGGAAGCAAUGGAAAAAGUGGGUUUUUGUGUAGGCAAAGUAGCAGUCGAUGGACUCCAACAACCGACCAAAUACGAAUAUUGAAAGAGCUUUAUUAUAACAAUGGCGUUCGCUCCCCAAGCGCUGAUCAAAUUCAGAGGAUCUCUGCUAGGCUUAGACAGUACGGUAAAAUCGAAGGCAAAAACGUUUUUUAUUGGUUUCAAAACCAUAAGGCUCGUGAAAGACAGAAGAAAAGAUUCACUUCAAAUUCCAAUUCUCCUAUUACUACCACUACUACUACUACUGAUCAUUUUAAAAUUUCUUCAACUAAUAAUAAUAUUAAUUGGAAGUCGGAAGAUCAUUCCUCCUCUUCUCAUAACAAAUUUCCUCCAGCUCCUUCUUCUUCGGUUAUGGUGGCCGUUGGGCAUAUGGGAAAUUAUGGAUAUGGGUCUGCCACUUUUGAGAACAGUUUUAGAGAGUGUUCGAUAUCCUCGGGAGGAAAUAGCAGUGUCGUCGGGUACCGGAGCCACAACAUGGGAUCAUGGAUCGGCAUCGAUCCGUAUUCAUCUGCCGCGGCGGGGGGAUCAGCCAAUAAUGUGUUUGAAAAAACAAAAUAUGUUGAAGAAUCCAUGGAAGAUGAUCAUGAGGAGCAAGAGAUUGAAACUCUCCCCCUUUUCCCCAUUCACGGUGACCGGAAUAAUCUCGGUGGUUUCUGCAGCAUGAAGCCGGAAUAUUCAGAGAGCUACUACACCACCACUUGGAACGGGCGGUCUGACGACGGAGCCGCCGGUUCUCGGGCUUCGCUGGAACUCAGCCUCAACUCUUACGCCACCAUCUCACCCGAUGAUGGAAUGUGAUUUCAUGAAACCCCCCGGAAACUAAAUUUUAAAUUAAUCAUUAUGAAGUUUAAUCAUCCAACUAUGGGUUUGUUUAGCAUAAAAAGUAGCGAUUUCUAAUUACUUAGGUACUGAAAACUGAUAUUAAGAAUAUCGAUCUUUGUUUCUUAAUUUUAUGAUCACAAUCGUCGAACUUAGUGUUUGAAUUUACUGAAAUCCAUAACUAAUUUCUAUUU